UUGAAUCCAGCGGCAGGCUCAGAAUGGUGGCUGAGCUCCUUUCUCUCCUCUUAUUUGGGCUGUGUGUUGGCCAGAGAGACAUAAGAAGAGAUGAGUCACUUCCCAGGCCCUCCAUUCGGGCCUGGCCCAGCUCCAUGGUUCCUGCCAACAGUAAUGUGACAGUGCGAUGCUCCACUACUACCCGGGAGGUCACCUCCCGGGACAUCAGGUUUGCUCUCAAAGGGGGAAGAAAUGUCAUGGAGUCCUCGCCAUCUUCUGAUUCCCCAGGGGGCCUGGUGGAAUUUCACCUCGAUGGUGUAAAAACCAGGGACGCUGGAGAGUACACCUGUGAGUACUACAGGACAGGGAGCCCCACCAGAAGGUCACCGCCCAGUGACGUCCUUCUCCUACUGGUGACAGGCAAUUUACCUAAACCUUCCCUCCACGCCCACCAAAGGGGUGAGGUGCCUGCAGGAGAAAACGUGAUUCUGCAGUGCCAGCAUUUCAGCCCUGUGAUUAAACCUUACAUGUUUGCUCUACUGAAGGAAGGAACUUCAACUCCCAUAAAGGUCCAGAGUGCAGUAGGAAUGGAGGCAGACUUCUCCCUCCCCAGUGUGACAGGCAGUGACACUGGGCACUACAGCUGUGUGUACUUCCAACCAAGGGCUCCUUUCUGGGCCUCGGAGCCCAGCGAUCAGCUCACGAUCUCGGUGACAGAUUCCCUAGGUGCCACAUCAACCGAUUACACCACGGGUAACCUCGUCCGCCUCUGUCUGUCUGCCAUGGUUAUGGUUCUAAUGGUGGCCCUCCUGCUGGAAGCCUGUUGGAGCCAGAAAUGGUCUCCGUGUGGAUCCAGCAGUGAAGACCCAAUUUUUGUGGAAGAAUUAAAGCAGGUCCCACAGCUGCCCGGGGAAACAAUGGGGCUUGAUCCAGCCAGAUCUGCUCAAUCUUAAUGGCUCUGUGAAACCUACAUUCCCACCAGCCGGGCAAGAUGCUGACGUCCUUCUUCCUGUGCUCCUCACCUGGGCCCGAUGGCACGACUGAGCAGAAAGGCUCACCUAACACAUUUAGGAUCACUUGAAAAAAUACUUACAAAUUCAGCAUUGGGCUGAGUAGCAGGUACAGUCCCAUGUGCAGGAAGUGUUCUUCCAUUGAAAAUGGGGAGCCGGCCAGUGUGGCUCAGUGGUUGAGCGUUGAUGAAUGAACCAGUCAGGGCAUGUGCCCAGAUUGUGGGCUCCCAUCCCCGAUGUGGGGCGUGUAGAGGACAGCCAAUCCAUUAUUCUUAUCAUCGAUGCUUCUCUCUCUCUCUCCCUCCCCUUU